GAAAAAGACGCAUACACACAACACACGUGUACGCCGGAUACUGUGUUGGUCCUUUCUCCCUGUCUGUCUCCGACAGUCUCCCUGCAUGCCUGUCUGUCUGUCUGUGCCCCCCCUGUGGGCAUCAAUCAAAUCAACUGCGCAUCGCCCAUGGCCUACACACACGGGCGAUGGAUGGAUGGAUGGAAUAUAGGCAUAGGUAGAUGAGAUAGGGAUGCGAGACACACACACACACCUAAACGGGUGCGAAAGAGAAACAGAGAGGGACAGAGACAGAGCGGCGGCGGCGGCCCUGGUUGAAAUGGUGAGGGUCGUGAGGGUCAGUCAGGAUUGGAGGAGAAUCUGUGGUUUGUUCUGCAGCUGCUUGUGGAUGCCGUCAAAGGUCGCCUGACAACAAAAUCCAUACGUGGACAGAGCAAAGGGAAGAGUUCAUGUGUGGGAAGAGCGCAGCGCAUCCACCCCCUCCUCUCAUCGCUGACCCGGUCGACAUCGAGUCUGUAUUUGCGCAUCUUGAGCAGGUUGCGCACACAUUUAUUGACGUUGGUGCCCCUGUCACGUCACACACAGGCAGACAGACAGACAGACCAGCCACAAAGUCCCAAACGCCCGUGCCUGUCCAUCAUGUGCCAUCCUCAGGUGCCUACUUUGCCACGCCUUCUCCGAGAAUCUCCCCCCAAUACUUGAGCGGCACUGACCCCACACACACACAGAUGGAGAGUGAGGCAGGGAGCUAGGGAGGGAUGGUGUCUGUCCUGACCGACCAGUGUCGUCGAGGACGAAAAUGUGGGCGAGGAAGGAGAGGAAGUACACCACGUUGUUGGCGUCGAACCACAGCACCAUCUGCUUCAACAGCGGCUGCGACACACACACACACACACACACACACACAGAGAGAGAGAGAGAGGGUCCACUGACGCGUCUGUGUAUGUAUGUCUCACGUACGAGUAGUGUGGGAGUCUCCAUGGAUUUGAUAUAGCAGAGAGUGGUGACCAUGACGGCCUGCACGUCUUCCUGGUGAAUGUGGUAGCGGCGCAGAAACACCAUCAGCUGCAUUCACGAAUGAUCCAUCAACAGACAAGAUACCGACGGCACGUCAGCCACACAACACAGUGUGUCUCACUCUGCCAGAAACUCUGCCGAAGUUGAACGCCUCCAGGUACUCACGGAGAGGCUCCCCGCUCUGAACACGACAACAGCAGCAUCAACACAACACCAUGCAGGUGGUGACACCGCCGUGACUCUCUCAUUUCCUCACCGGCAUACUGUCGGUGUUCUCUCCCGCCGUCAGCUCCUGCAUUCGAAACAGAUACUCCCGACACUGCACACAAACAACAAGACACCAACAAGCGACUGGAUGCCCAGACAAGUGUCCCGUUCAGAAUCCAAUCACACACACCAGUUCUGCAAAGUUGAAGCACACGGUUGGCCCGUCAGCGUUGCAGCCCAUGCCCUUGAGUUUGGCCUUGAGGUAGUCGAGCAUGGCAAUGACCCGCAUCCGCUCGCUGUAGACGCUCUUGGGGCCCAUCGACUGGGGCGGCGACACUGUGUGGCUCUGGCUGGGCGAAUGGCCGGACUGAGGGUUGCUCUUGAUGCUGCUCACCGUCUGGCCAGACACCGCCUGGCUGCCGGCGGUGGUCUUGUCCUUCUCCUCCUUAGUGUUGUCAGCCUUGCCGGCGAUGGCACUGGCGCGGCCAUGGAUGUCUGCGCAACACGGUGACAGCACAAAACAUUCAGGACAGCCGGGCAAUCCAGCCAGGACCUGGUGAUUGCGCACCUGGGAACCUGAGUCCUUUUGCCUGUGGCCCUGCUGCCUGUGUGUUGUCAUGAGCGGCCCCUCCAGCCGUCUCCUCACUCUUCGACAAACCGGCCCGACCACCAAUCAU